AUCAGCACUUGAAAUCUCAUCUCUUGCUUUGCCUUGACUAUUUUAAGAACUGUCCUGGUUGAAGCAGAACAACUAAACUCACAUACCACUAGAGCUUGGAGGGACUAUUAAAGAUGUCUGGUCCCACUUGUUUUCUGAUAAGUGACUCCUCCCUACCAACUACACAUGAAGUGCCCUUCUGUCAUGGAGAGUUCUGUCUUGGGGUAAUUCUACUUUAGGGACUACUGAGAUUGUCAUAUUCAGCCAAAAUCUGCCUCUGUCACAGUCGUGGACUGCUGGUCGUACCUCCACUUUAUGUGAGUUUAGGACCUAAGUAGCUUCUCAGGUCUUCUCAUGGUAACAGUUGAUCAGGAACUCAAACCCAGCUCAACAGAUUGUAGUUAACUGUUGGCUAAGACUUGAAACACUUCCAAUGAGGUAGGAAAUGCUGAGGGUUCACAGCACCGUAGGGCAGGUGAGAAAAAAGUGUCUGCUCCAAUGGGAACACACCUGGCCAGGAAGGUGGUGCUUCUUUGUGAAUUAGCAAGAGGCACCCCUGUGUUCUUUGGCACAGAGCAUGGCUGCCAGAAAGUGAACUGCAUUUCAUACCCCACUAGUCCAUUCAGCCAGUGCUUGUAGCGCAAUUUCUCUGCCAUACUUUUUGGCCCUGCUUUAACUACUUGUCCUAAUGCAAUUCAGAAAAGGGCUCUCCCACAGAUUUCUGUUUCUAUUUUUACCUUCCACUGGGUCAAAAAAAGGUUGCUCCUUCAAGCACUUUUCAAGUUUAUCUGCUCCAUUUUCCCUAUAGUACAGGGCCCGCUGUUAACAUUACUGUUGACACCUUUGCUGCCAGACCUAAGCAUCGCCUGCUUCUGGCAGCCGGCCUCCAUUCCCUUCAGGUAAUGAACGAUCUGGCAGCCCCAGUGCGGUCUCACAGGGGCUCCAGCACAUGCUGGGCUGCUGCUUACAGUGGCCACGCACACUUUGGGUUAUGUGGAAAAAAGUAUUCCCAUUCUUUUUUAUCAUGAAAAGAAUGUCCAGGAAGGCACCCUUGGCUCUUAUAUUUUGGUGAAGCCAAUGGUAAUUUAUUACCACACUCUCUUGUGUCCUCUUCCCAAACUGUUCUGGGUUUCCAACCUGCCUCUCUUGCUUACCAACACCUGGCCAUGUGUGACCGUAGAUAUCCAUUGAUUUCUGUGGCCUUGUUUCAAUAAGUUCAUCAGUCGGGAAACCUGUUUUGGACACUGAGUACUUUGUGUACUUGUACUCUUGAAAAUAAAAAGUAUCUGAUGAAAAUAGCCCUCCUCCAUGGUUUGCUGAGCCAAAUGAGAAGCAUAGCCAAAUCCGGGGUGCUUGACACAAGUACUAGCCAAGGCUUUGUGCUCGCUUCUUCGCGGACCCACCUCGCCCAGAAGAGAGGCAGGCACGAGGCGCUACAUUGAGGGAGAUUCCCGCAAGUCUCACUGUCGUCCAGUCCUGGCUGCAAAGAUAUCCCCAGCGGCGAAAGGAGGUUUCCUCCAGCCUUGCACACGAUGACAAUCAGCGGUGCAGUCCCGGAGCUUCCCGCUUCCCGAAGCUUCCACUGCAUAAGCUAUCGGCAUCUCGGAGUCCGAGCCUGCGCUCGGGUCCCACGCGCUGAGGUCUCCCGACUCUGGGCGCCGUCCACGCUUGCACCGCAGCGCGGGCGCGGGGGCUCGGGAGUUGUAGUCCCCGGCCCGGCGCGGGGCGGUGCGGACUCCACAUCCCGGCGGGCGGUGCGGCGCUGCCCGGGCGACAGGGGCGGGGCCGCCCGGCCCUUUAAACCUUCCAGGGCUGCUCCGAGGGCCGAAGCCAGAGACCAUACCACGCGGGGCCGAGCAGGGAGCGGAGGCGGCGGGGCGCUCCAGGGAGGCCUGGGCCGCUGAUGGUUUUGGCGAAGUAUCCUAAGGUAGCUGGGCCGGGCCCCUCUUUCCCACCUACCUCUUAUCCUUCCCCCCACACCACCACCACCCUGGCUCCCCUCCCUCAUGACCGCCUGGAUCCUCCUUCCUGUCAGCUUGUCAGCAUUCUCUAUCACUGGCCUAUGGACUGUGUAUGCCAUGGCCGUGAUGAACCGCCACGCAUGCCCCGUGGAGAACUGGUCCUACAACGAAUCCUGCUCUCCUGACCCCGCUGAACAAGGGGGCCCCAAGACUUGCUGCACCCUGGAUGAUAUCCCCCUCAUCAGCAAGUGUGGCACAUAUCCCCCAGAGAGCUGCCUCUUCAGCCUCAUUGGCAACAUGGGUGCUUUCAUGGUGGCUCUGAUCUGCCUGCUGCGCUACGGGCAGCUCCUGGAGCAGAGUCGUCAUUCCUGGGUCAACACCACAACCCUCAUCACCGGCUGCACCAACGCUGCAGGCCUUGUGGUGGUCGGCAACUUCCAGGUGGAUCACGCAAAGUCUCUGCACUACGUUGGAACUGGUGUGGCCUUCUCCGCCGGGCUGCUCUUUGUCUGCCUGCACUGUGCCCUCUGCUACCAUGGGGCCACUGCCCCCCAGGACCUGGCUAUGGCCUAUCUGCGGAUUGUGCUGGCAGCCAUCGCCUUUGUCACCCUGAUCCUCAGUGCUGUCUUCUUUAUGCAUGAGAGCUCACAGCUGCAGCACGGGGCAGCCCUGUGUGAGUGGGUGUUUGUCAUCGACAUCCUCAUUUUCUACGGCACUUUCAGCUAUGAGUUCGGAGCAGUGUCGUCAGAGACGCUGGUGGCUGCACUGCAGUCUGCCCCUGGCCGGGCCGCCAAGUCCUCUGGGAGCAGUCGCACCUCCACUCACCUCACCUGUGCCCCUGAGAGCGUUGCCAUGAUCUGAGGUCUGGGGGAGGUGGCCGGGCCAGCCUCGGCAGCUCCCCACCUCAUAACUUUGCGUUUACUUUGUACCAAAAAUGGUUUUGAGAAAGUGUUGCUGGGAUAUAGGCUUCCUUGCCACUGGAGCAUUGGCCACCCCACACCCACCCGUGCCACAGAGGAACAGGCCCGGCAGGUGCCUGGGCUGCACACAACUACUCCCUUACUCCGCAACUGUUGUUUUCAUGUUCAAAGGUCACGUAUUCUCAUUUCACCCAGCCAGCCCUUCAGGUGCCUUCUACUCCCCAGUGCAGAAGCCAGACCACUGGGGUUUCCUGCUGCAGGAAUGGGGGCUGGGAACAGCAAGGAUAGAAUUUGGGGUGGAGGGAUAGGCACUCCUUAAUCGGUGGGAAGGCCCACUUUGGGACCCAUUGAGCUGCGCUGGGAUUCUUCACUCUGCCCCUUUCUUUCUUUCGGGCAAAUAACACAGCAGAACCAUGUGGGUAUUUUAGUACUUUUUAUAUAUAUACAUAUAUAUAUAUUAAAAAGAAUUCUAAUUUGCA